UACUGCUCGUUUAUCAAAACGCAAGACGGUCCCUUCCCUCAUUAUCUGACGGGAUAAUUGUGACCAAUUACAUGGUUUUGAUUGGGCAGCUGGAAUGGAUAGGAGUUUUGGCAGGCUAGCCACACUUUGACUCGUUCUCUCAACCAGGAUUUGAAGCUAACGGGGUGGAAAACGGUGGGGUUGAGCAGAGGCGCAUUAAAAGGCACAGGUUCCUGAGGAGCAUAAAAAAGUUGCAGGUUUUUGAGGCGCGUAACAAGACGCGGGUUUCUGCAUGUAGACAGGAGGAAGGGACACAACAGCAAGGCAAGGCACAGGCAAGCGUGUUUCACUGGCCGAAGAUCUCUGCUUGAGUACCACAGGAAUGACUGAGGGGCCUGAUGGAUCCUCAGUGGAUCUAGGAGGGGACACCAUGGCAUCCGAAAUGGUGCAGAUUGCUGGUGAAAUUGGAGGGGUUCAGCUCCAGGAUGAUACAGUGGGAUGCAGAGAUGCAGUUUCUGGUGUUGCUCCUUUGGAAGAGAAUGACAGUGGGUUCUUUUGCCACAGGGGCGACGUGCCGUUGGAUGGUGGCGUGACUGCGGAGGGCAGUGGUGCGCCUGACCCUGUUUUGGGCCCUGGCAUGGCCUCAGAGGAACAGCACUCUAAUGAUGCGAGUCCUGCCAGGGCUUCCAGUGACCCCAGCUCCCCGGGGCUGGAGACUUUCCCUGCCAGCAAUGAUGGAGGGCACACUAUUGUCACUGCGGAAACCGACCGGAGGGAGGCCGUGCCAUCCGGGAACGGCAGCGUGCCCCUUAAUUUGGUGCCCUCAAUUUCUCAGACUGAGACCCUGGCUGAUGAAUCUGAGCUGACGGUGUACGCCCGAGAUCCCAGCGAAUACUCAGCCCAGACUAGCACUCCGACCCGGAGCUCAGCAGAGCCCCAGACACCCACAGAGCUGGAGGUCCACACAGACCAAGCAACGGGGGGAGAGGAAGUGACAUCAAUGGAGCCGUCUGAACAGGAAGUAACACCUCUGGCCACAGCAGCACCUCAAAAGGAGGAAGGGAAGGUGAAUAGGGGGGAAGACAACCCAGGGGAGGGGCCCGUAGAGGGAAUCCAGAGUGUGAACCAGGACGAGCCUGACGAAGAGGAGGAUGAGGAAGACCAGGAAGGCUUUCAGGAAGUGAGCCCCCGGUGCAGCUCCCAGUCCUCUGUAGAGACACCCCCUAGUGGCAGCCAGAAGAAGUCUGCCAAUGGCGACAGCUGCACUAAAUACAACACCGUCUCCUACCGCAAGAUCCGUAAAGGAAACACCAAGCAAAGGAUCGACGAGUUUGAGUCCAUGAUGAACUCAUAAAGCCCAGUCACAUGAUUGGUCACAGGCGGCAAGGAGAGAAGGAAGUGCUUUACUUCCAACCAUCACUCAGAAUGACAACAUUUGAGUGCAGA